AUGUCGACUACAUCGCCAAAUGGAUAUUCACGGAAGAGACGCAGUGAUGAUACUAACGAAGAAUUGUCGACAAGAUCAUCGCACUCAAUAAGGUCUGGUGAUCGCUCACACCGUGCCCCAUCAUCUCAUUCACAAGCAUACCUGCUGACACAGUCACCGUCUUAUCCAAAUGAUUAUCGACAACAGCAACGAUACCAAGGGCCUGAUUAUCCAAGACAUAAUCAAUACCAGCGCCUGAAUCAGCAAGGACACCAACAAGAUAAUAAUUAUAGGGAUCGUGGAAGAGAAAGAGUAUCAGGUAAUCAAGAUCAACGGCAUAUUCCCCAGGAUAGGAGAGGCGGGUCCUACAAUAACAGUACUGGCUACAGUAGACUGAGACAAUAUGACUCUUACAACAGGCAACCGUAUGAAAACAACCGCAGAUACCAGGGAAAUAUUGGUCCAGGUGCCAGGACACUGAUGCAAAAUGUCAGCCAAAAUGAUGAUCAACAUUUUAAUCAACUGCAACAACAACUGCAACUGCAACAACAGCAUCACUUUGCGGUACAACCAGAAGUCAGAAAAAGUAAGGAAGAUUUGUUGAAAGAAAUUGAGCAUACUCAAAGGACUUUAGAGAAGUUUGCAGAAAUUCAAUCAAUCGAUGAAAUUAGAGUCAUAGACUCAAGAUGGGGAGUUAAACCAAAGGGGUUUGAGAAAGUUAGUGCACCAAGGGCUAAACUAUCUGGAUUGUUCCCUUUGCCUGGGUAUCCCCGUCCCGUUGAUUUUACGAAACUAGAAGGAUUGGUUAAGGACCGUCUACUGAACAGUAAUGAUAUUUUGAACGAAGUUUCGAAGAUUGAUCCGGGUGAUUCUAGGGCUGCUAAAACUCUCAUUGUUGAGAACAUAGUCGACAUUGAUUAUUUGAAAAUCGUUGAGUUUUUCAAUGACUACUUGAAGAGGAUUGAUUUUGAACAAAGCUCAAGUAAUAAUAUACAUAGCAAGCGGAAGUUGAAAGACAACAAGACUUUGGUUAUUGAAUUCAACAAUAGUGAAUGCGCGACAAUCAUAUACUCGCUAAACGAGACGCAGUUGCUUUUCAACGCAUACAAAAGAGACGAUGUACCUAGAAAAGAAAUCAGUGAAAAAUACAAGCUAUCAAUUUCACGACCUAGAGAGUACGCUGUACAAGAUGAUAAUUAUGGAGUUCAAGGUGCAUUGCUCCCCUCAACAGGGGAGAUUCAUGAAACUGUCAAGGAUAGCCCAAGAAAAAUUGCUCUUUUAAUCACUCCCAGUACCACAUCCGAUCAGGUGAUGGAAAGCCUUGAGAAAAUUGCACCUUUGCAUGCUAUGCAAUACUACAGACAAAAAGGUACUAAAGAGCCCUUGGGAUUGGUCUUUUUAGAGUUCAAGAAGCAAGACGAUGGCAAGAAUAACUACAAUGAUAACAACAAUGACAUCAUAGAAAAAUUAAAACGAUUAUCAUUUGUUACUAAUGCAUUUUAUGCAUGCGGUCGUACAAAUGCUUACGUUCAAAAUGGUUCAAUCGAUUAUAAUACGAUUCCGAGAUUAGUUCGAGCAGACACGGUGCAACCGCAAAGAAAAUCUAAUGUAAUUCAAAUCUUGAAUGCAUUGUCGACCAAGGAACUCGUCGACGACGCGUUGGUUGAGUUUGCCACGAAAGAUAUUCGAAAUGAGGCCAGUAAGCAUGGAACAGUCAAGUCAAUAAAGAUACCUCGACCAACCAAUGAUUUGGUGCCCGGAUUACAACAAUUCAAGGUCCCUGGUGUUGGAAAAGUUUAUAUCGAGUUUGAUGACCACGAAUCAGCCCUCAGGGCUAUCAUGGAAAUGUCGGGAAGACUGUACAAUGACAGAACCGUGCUUGCGACCUAUUUUGAUGCUGACGACUAUAGCAAGGGCUUGCUAUAG